CUCGCUUCGCCGUUUCAGCUCCCAUUCUCAGGUAAGAGGCUCGGUCGCUGAAUCGCAACGUCGGUUAUGGAACUGGGCACAUCAGUUCUCGGCUCUCCGCUCAGGUGCAUCUCCCCAAAAGCUCUCACUUGUCGUGGACUCAGUUGCUCUCGAAUCCGCAACUUGGUACAGUCCAAGAUUCAAUCUUGUAGUCUCAAUCGGGCCAGCAACCUUCGUCUUCGACGCAUGGUCUCUGAUGGGUAUGUGGGAAGUGGCGGCUUUGGCGUCAGCAGUAAUGCUAACGGUGCUCUUGGGAACAGCAGAAGCAAGAUAUACAAGAGGUUAGAUUCUUGCUUGGUGAUACCUCCGCCCAGUGGUAGGAAGCCACGUGCCAUCAUCAAGUUCUUGGGUGGUGCCUUCAUUGGAGCUGUUCCUGAAGUCACCUACAGCUAUUUGAUCGAGCUUUUGGCAAAGGAGGGGUUUCUGAUCAUCGCAGUGCCUUACAAUGUGACCUUUGACCAUGCCCGAGCUGCUGGUGAGAUAUAUGAGAAGUUCCAUUGUUGCUUGGAUAAUGUCUUGACAUCUGGAUUGCCCGAUGACAACUUAUCUGCUGCUGAUCUUGUUGAUCUGCCUCUCUUUUCUGUUGGUCACAGCAAUGGUGCACUUCUCCAAGUACUAGCCGGAAGUUACUUCUCUGAGAAGAUACCAAAGGCCAAUGCCAUAAUAUCGUACAACAACCGACCAGCAUCAGAGGCAGUUCCUUACUUUGAGCAGCUGGGUCCUCUUGUUAAUCAAGUGAUGCCACUUAUGGAGGUAUCCCCUGUUUACAAUAUGGCUAGAAAUGCCUCAGGAGAUGCAUUCAAAAUGUUAUUCGACACAGCUGGUGCAGUGAUAGCAGAGUAUGACCGGGAAGCCCUAGUCUCUUUGAACAAGUUCAUUGAUCAGUUGCCUUUAGUACUAAAUCAGGUAUCUGAGGGGAUAUCAGAGUUCAAACCAACACCCUCUGAAAAUCUCGAGUACUUCAAGAAUGCAUACAAUGUGCCACACACACUUUUGUUGAAGUUCAAUGUGGAUCCUAUUGAUGAGACGGAUUUAUUGGAAGGGACUCUAAAGCCUCGGGUCGAGUCUUUUGGGGGGACAUUGGAAAAGGUCCAGUUAAGUGGUAACCAUAUCACGCCAUGCGCACAGGAACCUAAAUGGCAAGCCGGUUACCUGUAUACUCCGGCAGAUGCUAUUGCUCAGGGGCUCAAGACUCUUUCUUUGAAUGAGACUAGAGUCCUCUCUAGAACUAUAAGCAACUGGUUCAGACGUUUCGAAGCAUGAAAUGUCGAAUGCUGGGUAGUCCCUCUGCUCUCGGCAGGAUUUGGCUUAUCAAUAUAUAGUAGGCGUCAACAUAUCAUGAUACGGGUGCUUCCUGCCACAGUGCCAUUGCUUGCCUGAUGUCUGCACAAAUUCGAAGUCGAUAUUGAAUCCUCCCCUCGUCGACCUCUACGAUGAGGAUUAUGGUUCUCAUUUACAUCUUGACUACAAUUUAAAGUACAAGCUUGUUAAAAACCUGUUACAUUACAGAGUGAAGGGAAAUUUAAGGA